CCCCGACCCAUUCGUUCGACUCCAGAGCCCUCAUCGCCUCGGUUGGCCGCCAUGGCCGCCGCGGCCACGCUCCCCGAUUGGCUCAAGCCGGAGCCCCUCUCCUAAUUCCUCCUCCACCCGUAGCCCAACCAGACCCCGGCGAACCUCUCCCAUCCCUCUUUUCCUCGCCGGAGCCGCUGAGGCCACGCGCCCAAGUUUCGGCCGUCGCCCUCGUUCUCGGUCGCCACAAGCCGCCGUCGUUCCGCUCCGUCCUGGCGCUGCUGCGGGGUGCAGACGGGUGCGGGACGUCUCGCCACACUCGCUAGUGCCCUCAAUCCGGCGGGAGGUGGCCGGAGAUGGCUGGGCCGGCGCCGGCCUCGCUGCUACCUCCUCUGCUCUGCGGGCGCGCGUCGGGCGAGAGGAAGGAGAUGAGGCCGCUCCCUGCUAGCUGGCCGUGGACCCCCCGGUCCCACCUGGCAGUGGCUCAAGCCGCGGCCCUGCCCCUGCUGACUGGAUUAAGUGGACGCGUAAACCCCAGGGAAUGUGUUUUCCCUGAAGCGAAGGCGUAUUCUUUAAAGUACGCUUUCUGUUUUUCUGUCCAGGCCCAAUUUGUUAAGAUUUUUCUUACAGAUAGGUCCCUGGCAGAAAAACAAGUGUAUCUUUUCAACCGUAGCUCCAAAUCAGGUGAUUCUGAAGCCCACGUAUUCGUUUCAUCGAGCCCGUUCUGAUGGAACCAUUUUCACCAUGUGUUUGACAUUCUGAAAAUGACCAUUUUGCCCCUGCCCUUAUUCAUCCCCCUCCGAGAGAGUACGUUUUCCGGCGAUCCUUUCCGCGAGUUUCUCGCAGUUUCUGCCGGUGAUUUCUUCUACCCCAG